UUAAACUUUUCUUUAUCGUUGCAGUUAACCUAUAACAAUAAAAAAAAUGGAUUUCUACUACUUGCCCGGUUCUGCACCAUGCCGUUCAGUUCUAAUGACUGCUAAAGCUCUUGGAAUUGAACUGAACAAGAAAUUGUUGAACUUGCAAGCCGGUGAACAUCUUAAACCUGAGUUCAUCAAAUUGAAUCCACAACACACCAUUCCAACCUUGGUUGAUAACGGUUUCUCCGUUUGGGAAUCACGCGCUAUUUGCAUCUAUUUGGUUGAGAAGUACGGAAAGACUGAUUCCUUGUACCCAAAAUGCCCUAAGAAGCGCGCCGUUAUCAAUCAACGUUUGUACUUCGAUAUGGGUACUUUGUACAAGAGCUUCGCUGAAUAUUAUUAUCCACAAAUAUUCGCUAAAGCUCCAGCUGAUCCUGAGAAGCUUAAACAAAUUGAGACUGCCUUUGAUUUCUUGAAUACAUUCUUGGAGGGGCAAGAGUACGCUGCUGGCGAUAGUCUCACCGUGGCUGAUCUUUCCUUAUUGGCCAGUGUAUCAACAUUCGAUGUAGCUGGUUUUGACUUCAGCAAAUAUGCCAAUGUUGCUAAGUGGUACAACAAUGCUAAGAGCGUUGCACCUGGCUGGGAUGAAAACUGGGCUGGUUGUGAAGAAUUCAAGAAGUAUUUUAACUAAUUUUGUUAGUUUUUUGAUAUUAUAGAAAGUAAAAUAGAUACGGACGACGUUCGUUUAUUCCCAUUUUCCAUCGAUCAUAAAAAA